CUACGGCUCAGUGUGUGAAAGGCUCUUCAUCCGUGGAGAAUAAUUUACUCACUACGCUUGGAUCGUCUUAUCGUCGCACGUGCCAAGGGAACGGAACUGAAGAUAUAUUUGUGCUUGGAUUCUCAGCCAUACACGAUAAGCAACAAAGCGGCUUCUAGCCCUGCCGUUAUCAUCACCUGUUUGCAAUCCCUCUCAUGCUGCUGUCUUACCUCCUUUACGUCUUUUCGUUUUUCUGCUCUACUGUCGCGAUACAAACCUUUCUGGCAGUAAACAGAUCAACUACUACGACUCUGAACAACGAAAACGAUGCCCUUUUGCCACACCCGCAGUCUCUCUCUCUCCUUUCUUAUGAUCAUUUCGAAACUCUCGAGCCGCAUCCCAUAUACCCCAACCAUUCCGUAAGGAUCAAGAAAACCGACUUUUGUGACGGAAAUGUAAGCGCAUACACUGGAUACAUAGACAUCCAAGCCCGCCACCUAUUUUUCUACUUUUUCGAGAGCAGGAGCAACCCCGACAAAGACGAUGUGAUCUUCUGGACUAACGGGGGCCCGGGUUGCUCCUCGUCGCUUGGUUUAUUCAUGGAACUAGGUCCCUGCCGAGUCCUCGACUCUGGCGGGCCCAAGUACAAUCCAUAUUCUUGGAACACGAACGCGAACGUUUUCUUCAUCGAUCAGCCCAUCGGUGUUGGAUUCUCCUACGCCGAGUAUGGCGAAACUGUCAGCACGUCUGAAGAUGCCGCGCAAGACGUCGCUGCCUUUGUUACUAUUUUCUUCAGCAGCUUUGACCAGUUCAAAGGGAGAUCGUUUCAUAUGGCGGGCGAAUCAUAUGGUGGAAGGUACCUCCCUCUGUUUGCCUCGGCUGUAUAUGACAACAACGCGAAGCUCUUGGCCGCUGGUCAAACACCUAUCAACCUCACGUCUGUAAUGAUAGGAAACGGAAUAACGGAUAGCAUAACAACGCUUCUAUCCUACUUCGACGUGCAAUGCACCGCAGCCUCCGUCCCGCCAAUCCUAGAUAUCAAAACCUGCGUUUACAUGAAAUCCACACUCCCAAGAUGCAAAAAAUGGAUGACCCAAUCCUGUGUGGACCAAUUCGACUCCGUCAACUGUGGCGCUGCAUACUCCUUCUGCAGCUCGGUUCUCAGCACCCCUUACCGACAAACCGGCAUGAACCCAUACGACAUGAGCCGCAAAUGCGACGGGGACAUCUCCGUGACGCUUUGCUACCCAAUGACCAAAUACAUCCUCCAAUACCUCGAUGACCCCGCCAUCCGCACCCUCCUUGGUGUCGAACCCUCCCUAACAGCCAACUUCACGUCGUGCAACCACGACGUAGGGAACGACUUCCGUGCUGCCCAGGAUACUCUCCACCCCACCAAGGACUAUGUCUCCGCCCUUCUCGAACGCGGCGUAAGGGUGCUCAUAUACGUGGGUACGUAUGAUUGGAUAUGUAAUUGGGUUGGGAACGAGCGGUGGACGAUCGCGUUGGGGUGGAGUGGGCAGAGGGAGUUUGCGAGGGAGGAAUUGAAGGAGUGGUAUGUCGAUGAGAAACCUGCUGGGAAGAUGCGGAGCGUGAAGGGGUUGACAUUUGCUACUGUUGAUGGAGCGGGGCAUAUGGUCCCUUACGAUAAGCCGAAAGAAUCUUUGGCCAUGGUUCAGCGGUGGCUUCGCGGGGACGAUUUCUGAAUCUAUUCUUUGUCUUUACUCUGAUUGCUGUCGAGAUCAGUUGUCAAAUAUAUUCGCCAUGAAUUCAAAUUUGUAUCCAAAAAUAAAAUAUGUGCGAUUCGUAGUGAUACAUAUGAAGGAGAUUCAUCACCCAAGGUGCGCGAACUGGUUCAAGACAUCCCUCGCAGUAUCCGCCUUCAUUCUAAAACCCAGCACAAAUAUCCUCUCUUGCUUUCCCGAAUCAUAACUCACCAGAUACUUAGC